AGAGGCGCCGCGAGGGCGUCUGGGAAAUGGAGUUCCGGCUAGUCAGAGCCCCAGGGCAGUCGGGAGGUGGGCCUCGUCUGCGCGGGCGCCGGCAGCGAGUGGGAUGCGCGCGCAGCGCCGUCCGCCCGGGCGGAAGUUUCCGCGGGGCCGCCAAGGAUGUUGUUAAGGAAGAGUUUGCAGCACAUUGAAGCCAAGGGCCAGUCUGUGACCCCCUAAAGGGACCAUGCUCAGGACCUUGUGACGCCAGCUGCUCCUCCUUCCCGUCUGUUCUCUAGCAUGAUCUCCUUCUGUCCAGAAUGUGGCAAAAGUAUUGAAUCGACAUUCAAAUUCUGCCCUUACUGCGGAAAACUGUUGCCAAUAGAACAGCACCAUGGCGCUGAUGCCUUUCUCAGACCACCUCUGGCCUCCUUCCGAGGCUCAAGGAAGGUGGCAAGGGCCCGUUCUGAAGCCAGCAAGAAAAUCAAGUGGUCCAGCUCUGUCUCCUCUGGCCCCUUAUUCCUCUGCCCAGACUGUGAGAGUUCCGGGUCCGAAGACACCCUGAGUCCCUGUGCAAGAGCCAGAGUGCCACAAGCCCCUGCAGGCACCAGGAGUGAAAACACAGUCCUCAAAGCCAGCCCACAGACCAGCCAGCAGAGCACGCAGACCACCCGGCAGAGCCCGAAGGCAGCCAGGAAGAGCCCGCAGGCAGCCAGGAAGAGUCCAAAGACAUCCACGCAAAGCCCGCAGACCUUGCGAUGCCCGCAGACCUCGCGAAGCCCGCAGACCUCGAGAAGCCCGCAGACCUCGCGAAGCCCGCAGACCUCGCGAAGCCCGCAGAAGCCAAAGCGGAGGAGCCAGGUGACCGCUUCACUCGAGGCUUUCCCAGAUGGAACACUGCUAACCGACAAGAGUGGAAAUCUCUGGAAACUGAGCCAUCUCCAGGCCAGGGGCGAUCAGGGCAUUCUGUAUGAAGGUACUCUGUCCUGGGCUGAGCCGGCCUCUGCAUCCACCUCCAAGAGCAGUUCCCAGAAAAAAAGGUUCUCGCUCAAGCUGGACUCCAAGGACGGACGCUUGUUCAAUGAGCAGAACUUCUUCCAGCGGGCCGCCAAGCCUUUGCAAGUGAACAAGUGGAAGAAGCUGUACUCAGUACCUCUCCUGGCAGUGCCCACCUGUGUUGGUUUCGGCAUUCACCAGGACAAGUACAGGUUCCUGGUGUUUCCCCAUCUGGGGAGGAGCCUGCAGUCAGUCCUGGAUGACAACCCGAAGCAUGUGAUGACGGUGCAGUGUGUGUUCCAGGUGGCCUAUCGGAUGCUGGACGCCCUGGAGUUCCUCCAUGAGAACGAGUAUAUCCACGGCAAUGUGACAGCGGACAACAUCUUUGUGAAUCCAGAGGACCUAAGCCAGGUGACCCUCAUGGGAUAUGGCUUCACCUUCCGCUACUCCCCAGGUGGGAAGCACGUGGCCUAUUCAGAAGGCAGCAGAAGCCCGCACGAGGGCAACCUCGAGUUCAUCAGCAUGGACCUGCAUAAGGGCUGUGGGCCCUUCCGUCGCAGUGACCUCCAGUCUCUGGGCUACUGUAUGCUGAAGUGGCUCUACGGAUUCCUGCCAUGGACAAAAGACCUUCCCAACACCGAGGAAGUCAUGAAGCAGAAACAGAAGUUUCUGGACAACCCAGAUGCUCUCAUGGCCCAGUGCAGCCACCGGCUCAAAUCCUCAGAGACCCUGAAGAAGUACCUGAAGGUGGUGAUGGCCCUCCAGUAUGAUGAGAAGCCGCCCUACAGCGUUCUGCGGAACAAUCUUGACGCCCUGCUGCAGGACUGCCGGUUGUCAGCCUACGACCCCUUGGACCUCCAGAUGGUGCCGUAGUUUUGCCUUCUAGGAUUCCCAACUUGCAGUCUGAAAUCAAAGAAGAAAUGUGACUCCAGGCCUGCUGUAGAUUCACAGAUGGUCUAGAAAGAUCCAUCACUUUGAUUGUGCAUUCCUGCUGCUGCUUUAGGCCAGUCCUGCUCCUGGGCUGGUGUUAGUGUCUCGGCCCAGCCCCCAGUCUCGGACACUGUGAAGUCUCGUUCUUCUUUCAGGCUAGCCCAUUCCUUUCAUCUAUGUCGCUGCAGCGGCAGAGCCAGGGCCAUCGACUCGGUGGGAUCCAUCCUCUUCUGACACCCCUGUGCUUUGAUAAUAAAUUGUUUUAUUGGA